AUGACUCAGGUGGCUGCUGGGAAUCCAUGGUCGCAUGCAAAUUAUACUGGAAGAGGGGCGGAGCCGGAGCCGCUGCCGUCCCAGAAGUCUCUGGGAAGCGGCUGCGCUGCGCGGGCGAAUCUUUGCUCCUGGGAAGAUGGCGGCGGCGGAGCCGGGGCAUUAGGGCAAGUGCAGGCUGCGGCCACCCGCUCGGCUGGACGCACAGGCCGGCCCGGGCCCCGUUCCACUCCUUGAGCGCCCAGGCUCAGUCCAGCCUCUGGUCCUUUGCACUGGCUGUUCCCUCCACCUGGAAUGCUCUUCCUUCAGGCUGCUUGCCUCGAUCCCUCACACCUCCACCGGGGAGGCCUCCCUGGCCGCGCAUGAGUAAAAUGCAGCUCCCCCGCCACAUGCGGGGCAGGGGUUGAGUCCACUUUGUCCCCCGCGGUAACCCAGUGUCCAGCACUGCCCUUGGGGUCCUGCAGAUGCUGCGUGAACAUCGAUGACAAGCCAGUCUCCCUGCCGCAGGAGCUGGUGACUGUCCUCCGUGUGUGACCUUGGCAGGUGGGCACAAUGGACCUGGCUUACAUCUGCGAGUGGGAGAAAUGGCCCAAGAGCACCCACUGCCCGUCGGUGCCCCUGGCCUGCACCUGGUCCUGCCGUAACCUCAUCGCCUUCACCACGGACCUGCGGAGUGACGACCAGGACCUGACCCGCGUGAUCCACAUCCUGGACACCGAGCACCCCUGGGACGUGCACUCCAUCUGCUCGGGGCACAGCGAGGCCGUCACCUGCCUCGAGUGGGACCAGUCAGGCUCGAGGCUGCUGUCUGCUGAUGCUGAUGGGCAGAUCAAGUGCUGGAGCAUGGCCGACCACCUGGCCAACAGCUGGGAGAGCCCCGUGGGCAGCCUGGUGGAGGGGGACCCCAUCGUGGCCUUGUCGUGGCUGCACAACGGUGUGAAGCUGGCCCUGCACGUGGAAAAGUCGGGCGCCUCCAGCUUUGGCGAGAAGUUCUCCCGAGUCAAGUUCUCGCCGUCGCUCACGCUGUUUGGGGGCAAGCCCAUGGAGGGCUGGAUUGCGGUGACAGUCAGCGGCCUGGUCACCGUGUCCCUGCUCAAGCCCAGCGGGCAAGUGCUGACCUCAACGGAGAGCCUGUGCCGGCUGCGUGGCCGCGUGGCCCUGGCCGACAUCGCCUUCACGGGUGGCGGCAACAUCGUGGUGGCCACGGCAGACGGCAGCAGUGCAUCCCCAGUGCAGUUCUACAAGGUGUGCGUGAGCGUCGUCAACGAGAAAUGCCGCAUCGACACCGAGAUCCUGCCCUCGCUGUUCAUGCGCUGCACCACUGACCUCAACCGCCGGGACCGGCUCCCCGCCAUCACUCACCUCAAGUUCCUGGCCCGAGAUAUGUCAGAGCAGGUGUGCCCGCCCGGCCACCCUGUGGUGCUGCUGUGUGCGUCCAGCCAGGCCAGCAGCGUGGUGGAGUGCUGGUCUCUGCGCAAGGAGGGGCUCCCCGUGAACAACAUCUUCCAGCAGCUCUCGCCCGCCGUUGGUGACAAACAGCCCACGAUUCUCAAAUGGCGGAUCCUGUCAGCCACCAACGACCUGGACCGCGUGUCCGCCGUGGCGCUGCCCAAGCUCCCCAUCUCGCUCACCAACACCGACCUGAAGGUGGCCAGCGACACCCAGUUCUACCCCGGCCUCGGGCUGGCCCUGGCCUUCCAUGACGGCAGCGUCCACAUCGUGCACCGGCUCUCGCUGCAGACCAUGGCCAUCUUCUAUAGCUCCGCAGCCCCCCGCUCCGUGGACGAGCCGGCUAUCAAGCGCCCUCGGACCACGGGCCCUGCCGUCCACUUCAAGGCCAUGCAGCUCUCCUGGACUUCCCUGGCCCUCGUGGGCAUCGACAACCACGGCAGGCUGAGCAUGUUGCGCAUCUCGCCCUCCAUGGGCCACUCGCUGGACGCGGGGCUGGCCCUGCGGCACCUACUCUUCCUGCUGGAGUACUGCAUGGUGACCGGCUACGACUGGUGGGACAUCCUGCUGCACGUGCAGCCCAGCAUGGUGCAGAGCCUGGUGGAGAAGCUGCAUGAGGAGUACACGCGCCAGAAGGCCGAGCUGCAGCAGGUCCUCUCUACCCGGAUCCUGGCCAUGAAGGCCUCGCUCUGCAAGCUGUCGCCCUGCGCAGUGACCCGCGUGUGCGAGUACCACGCCAAGCUCUUCCUCAUCGCCGCCAGCUCCACGCUCAAGUCGCUGCUGCGCCCGCACGUGCUCAACACGCCCGACAAGAGUCCCGGCGACCGGCUGACGGAGGUCUGCGCCAAGAUCACGGAUGUCGACAUUGACAAGGUCAUGAUCAACCUCAAGACGGAGGAGUUCGUCCUGGACAUGAACACGCUUCAGGCGCUGCAGCAGCUCCUGCAGUGGGUGGGCGACUUCGUGCUCUACCUGCUGGCUAGUCUGCCCAACCAGGGCUCCCCGCUGCGGCCAGGCCACAGCUUCCUGCGGGACGGCGCGUCGCUGGGCGCGCUGCGGGAGCUGAUGGUCGUCAUCCGCAUCUGGGGCCUGCUGAAGCCCAGCUGCCUGCCUGUGUACACGGCCACCUCUGACACCCAGGACAGCAUGUCCCUGCUCUUCCGCCUGCUCACCAAGCUCUGGAUCUGCUGCCGCGAUGAGGGCCCCACGAGCGAGCCGGAUGAGGCGCUCGUUGACGAGUGCUGCCUGCUGCCCAGCCAGCUUCUCAUCCCCAGCCUGGACUGGCUGCCCGUCAGCGAUGGCCUCGUCAGCCGCCUGCAGCCCAAGCAGCCCCUGCGUCUGCACUUCGGCAAGCCUCCCGCUCUGCCCGGCAGUGCCACCAGCUUGCAGCUGGACGGCCUCAUCAGGGCACCGGGCCAGCCCAAGAUGGACCACCUGCGGAGGCUGCACCUGGGCGCCUACCCCACGGAGGCCUGCAAGGCCUGCACCAGGUGCGGCUGUGUCACCAUGCUCAAGUCACCCAACAAGACCACGGCCGUCAAACAGUGGGAGCAGCGCUGGAUCAAGAACUGCCUGUGUGGGGGGCUCUGGUGGCGGAUGCCCCUCAGCUACCCCUGACUGCGCCCAGGCCCCUGUUGUUUUCGUUUUGUUUAUGGUUUCCUUUGCUGUGCGGAAUGUCAGUGGAUUCCCAAUGGGUUGAAAGGAAAGGCACGCUGUCCCCUUGCUGGUCACAGAGCAGCCACGCACU